GAAGAGUGGAGCGGAGUGACUGAGCUAAGCUACCUGGUCCGCCUGUGUCCCAGAGGCACCUAGGGCAGUAAAACCGCGGCGACCGCGAAGGUGACGGUCAGGCCCAGAGGCAGGAGGGCUAGAGGCGGGGGCCGCAGGAGCACUGGACCAGAUGUUAGCCUUGGGUACAGCUUAUUUUUAAGGUGCAAUGAAAGCCGUCCACGCUUUCUGUGUUGUCCUUUUGGUGUUCGGGAGUGUCUCUGAGGCCAAGUUUGAUGAUUUUGAGGAUGAGGAAGACAUAGUAGAGUAUGAUGAUAAUGACUUUGCUGAAUUUGAGGAUGUCAUGGAAGAUUCUAUUACUGAAUCUCCUCAACGGGUGAUCACCACUGAAGAGGAUGAAGACGAGACCACUGUGGAGUUGGAAGGGCAGGAUGAAAACCAAGAAGGAGAUUUUGAAGAUGCAGAUACCCAGGAGGGAGAUACUGAGAGUGAGCCGUAUGAUGACGAAGAAUUUGAAGGUUAUGAAGACAAACCAGAUACUUCUUCUAGCAAAAAUAAAGACCCAAUAACAAUUGUUGAUGUUCCUGCACACCUCCAGAACAGUUGGGAGAGUUAUUAUCUAGAAAUUUUGAUGGUGACUGGUCUGCUCGCCUAUAUCAUGAAUUACAUCAUUGGGAAGAAUAAAAAUAGUCGCCUUGCUCAGGCCUGGUUUAACACUCAUAGAGAGCUUUUGGAGAGCAACUUUACCUUAGUGGGUGAUGAUGGAACUAACAAAGAAGCCACAAGCACAGGAAAAUUGAACCAGGAGAAUGAACACAUCUAUAACCUGUGGUGUUCCGGUAGAGUGUGCUGUGAGGGCAUGCUUAUCCAGCUGAGGUUCCUCAAGAGACAAGACUUACUGAAUGUCCUGGCCCGGAUGAUGCGGCCAGUGAGUGAUCAAGUGCAAAUAAAAGUAACCAUGAAUGAUGAAGACAUGGAUACUUAUGUGUUUGCUGUUGGCACACGGAAAGCCUUGGUGCGACUGCAGAAAGAGAUGCAGGAUCUGAGUGAGUUUUGUAGUGACAAACCUAAGUCUGGAGCAAAGUACGGACUGCCAGACUCUUUGGCCAUCCUGUCAGAGAUGGGGGAAGUCACUGAGGGAAUGAUGGACACAAAGAUGGUUCACUUUCUUACACACUAUGCUGACAAGAUUGAAUCCAUUCAUUUUUCAGACCAGUUCUCUGGUCCAAAAAUUAUGCAAGAGGAAGGUCAGCCUUUAAAGCUACCUGACACUAAGAGGACACUACUGUUUACAUUUAAUGUGCCUGGCUCAGGUAACACUUACCCAAAGGAUAUGGAGGCUUUGCUACCCUUGAUGAACAUGGUGAUUUAUUCUAUUGAUAAAGCCAAAAAGUUCCGACUCAACAGAGAAGGCAAACAAAAAGCAGAUAAGAACCGUGCUCGAGUAGAAGAGAACUUCUUGAAGCUGACACAUGUGCAAAGGCAAGAAGCUGCACAGUCUCGGCGUGAGGAGAAGAAAAGAGCAGAGAAGGAGCGCAUCAUGAAUGAGGAAGAUCCUGAGAAACAGCGCAGGCUGGAGGAAGCUGCUUUGAGGCGUGAACAAAAGAAAUUGGAGAAGAAGCAAAUGAAAAUGAAGCAAAUCAAAGUGAAAGCCAUGUGAAGACACCUGGAGAUCUGAGUCCACGUGCCACCUGUAAGCUCUGAAUUCACAGGAAACACAAAAUCACCAGUCUGCUUCUCAUCUUAAAGUUGACACUCUUGGCAACUGAGAAAUCUUUAUUUCAUCAUCUAUUCCGUUUUCUGUUUUCAGUUUUAUGGAGGUUGUAGAUCCAUUGAAAGGGCUCUGUUUCGCUAAUUUUCUUCCACAUAAUCAAAUUAACUUUGAUUAUUUUAUAAAAGGAAUGAUAUAUGAAAUCUGUGUGGUUUUAGAAUAUUUUUUUAAAUUAUAAUGAAUCAUCAGCGCUUUUAGUAUUUUCAUGUUUGAAGAAAUGAAAUUCAUAGGUAGAUAAUUAGAUUGUUGCUUUUUGUUUAAACUAGGCAUUUGAAAUGGCUAUGAAGACUUUAAACCAAGAUUGCACAAAUAUCUAUUGGAAUUGCACAAUAAACAUUGCUUGGUGUUUUCUUCUGUGUCUACAUUAAACUUGUGAGAAAGUAAAAUUUAGAACACUAGAUAUGUGGUAAUGAAAUUUCAAGGACUCAAAACAUAAUGCAGUAUAUGUUUUGCAGGUGGGAGGUACUGAUGACAGUAUUAUAGGAAAUCUGUAGGUAUUAGGAUACGGACAUGUACAUGGAAAAUUCUAGGGACAGGUAGUACAGGAGCACAGUUUUCUCAUUACCUGAUACCACAAGAUAAUGACAAUGUGAAUGAUGUAUUUUAAGUGGUUGUCUGUUUAUUUUUCUUGAGUAACAAAUGCAUGAAAAAGUAACUGCUUCACCAAGAUCAGAUCAUUGGUCUAUGUGAAGUCACAAAUGUUUUCCCUCUUGGUUGCUGCAACCUGUUGGAUAUUCAUGGAGAAGCUCAACUCUGUUAUGGCUCUGUACGUAUCUUUGCUUCUCCCUCUGCUUAUAUCUCUUCCACAGUUGAGGCUGGGUAUGUUCUUUCAAAGAAAUAACCAUGACUUUGCAUAAAUAUACUUUUAAAAAUGAACUGUCCUAAACUGUUGAACGUUCUUUCUGCCUUUUGAGGAGGAAACUCUUGGGGGAGAAUCCCAUCUAUCUGCACAAGCAUUCAGCUUGUUCAGAUAUCUGCAUUUUAUAAAUGCUUCCUAUUAAGAAAGCAUUUUUUUAAGUCACUGCUUGUACCAGGUAAUUUUUGCUAGGGACAGGAAAGGGUCCUGUCUUUUGGUGGGCGUGGGGUGGUGGGUAUUUUUUGUUGAUGCUUUAUGUGCAGGUCUGUUCUGAGGCAAUAACAAUAAGUUGCUGUGAAAACAGCAUGUGUUGCUGCCUUUGUAACUGCAUGGAAACUUUUCACAUUGGUUUUUCUCCAGGUUAAUACAAAAAUGUGUAAAUUGGCAGAUGCAAAUUAAUAUUUUUAAUAGUUCAUGAAAUUAAGUUAUUAAAAAUAAAAUGUAAUUAAUGCUAUAUAAUUCUAGAAUUAGCCUUGUUUUACAAAUCUUUAAAAUACAUUUUAGAAAUCAGAGUUGAUAUGUUUAACUAUCUUUUGAGUAAUAAAAGCUUUCUUAAAGUCAAACACAUUUGGACCAUGGCAGCUAAUUUUGUAAUUUAAGCAUUCAUAUGAACUACCUAUGGACAUAUAUUAAAAUGAUUGACAAAAUC